AGACAGGCAGACAGACAGACAGGCAGACAGACAGACAGACAGGCAGACAGACAGACAGCCAUGGCUUCUAAAUGGAUUGCAGAAAAAGUGGGAGACAUGGUGGAGGACGCCGUGAAGAAGGCUCUCGGUAUGGAGGACAAGGACGAGGAGAAGGACGAAGGAGGCGUCUUCUCAAAGAUCUUCAACAGAGACGACGACGACGACGACAAGAAGAAGAAGAGGAAGAGCAGCGAAAAGGACGACGACGACGACAAGAAGGAAAGCUUCUUCUCGAAGAUCUUCGACAGAGACGACGACGACAACAAGGAGAAAGACAGUAAAUCGGGGUUCUCUGGUCUCUUCAGUGAGCUGGAGGGAGCUGCGUCUGCAGGAGAUAACGGGGGAGGAGCUGAAGAAAGGGGAGGGGCCACAUCAAGUGUACAAGUAAAUGAUGGAGAUUUGUUCGAUGAUCUGAUGGAUGUGGCCGAAGAAACAGCGAGAGAGAAAUAAAACGACCUCCU